CCCUCCUCUCCUUCUCGCCUCUCCGACCGCCGCGCCUCCCCGCCUCUUUCUCCCUCCCUCCUUUCUUCCCUCCCUCCCUCCUUCCUUCCUCCCUCCCGUCCUUCCUCCCUUCCCCGUCGCGGCGAUGCGGUCGGGCCGGCAGCGCGGAGACGGGAGCGCCUCGGCGGGAGGCGGCGGCUGGCGGCGGCGCGCGGCCCCGCGCUGGGCGCUCUGCCUGCUGCUCGCCCUGGGCUGCCUGCGCGCCGCCGCCGACGGUGCAAGAGCAAAAUGUGAGGAAUCCCAAUUUGCGUGUAGUAAUGGACGCUGUAUUCCUUUACUCUGGAAAUGUGAUGGUGAUGAAGACUGUUCAGAUGGCAGUGAUGAGAUGACUUGUGUAAAGAAGACAUGUGCUGAAUCUGAUUUUGUGUGCAACAGUGGUCAGUGUGUGCCUAACAGGUGGCAGUGUGAUGGGGAUCCGGACUGUGAGGAUGGAUCUGAUGAGAGUCCUGAGCUGUGCCAUAUGAGAACAUGCCGGGUAAAUGAAAUCAACUGUGGUCCUCAGUCAACCCAGUGUAUCCCAAUGUCCUGGAAAUGUGAUGGUGAAAGAGACUGUGACAGUGGAGAAGAUGAAGAGAAUUGUGGCAAUGUGACUUGUAAUCCAGCAGAGUUCACAUGCAGUAGUGGGCAGUGUAUUUCCAAAAGCUUCGUCUGCAAUGGCCAAGAUGACUGCAGCGAUGGUAGUGACGAGCUGGAGUGCGCGCCCCCAACCUGUGGUGCUCAUGAGUUCCAGUGCAAGAGCUCCACCUGCAUCCCUAUCAGCUGGGUGUGUGAUGAUGAUGCCGACUGUUCUGACCAGUCUGAUGAAUCUCUAGAGCAAUGUGGCCGCCAGCCUGCCCCUCCUGUGAAGUGCUCUGCCAGUGAGGUGCAGUGCGGCUCGGGUGAAUGUAUCCAUAAGAAGUGGCGCUGUGAUGGAGAUCCUGACUGCAAGGAUGGGAGUGAUGAAAUCAACUGCCUGGCUCUAUCCUUAGCUUCUCGGACCUGUAGACCAGACCAGUUCAGAUGUGAAGAUGGGAACUGUAUCCAUGGGAGUAGGCAAUGUAAUGGUGUGAGAGACUGUCUGGAUGGCACUGAUGAAGCCAGUUGUAAUAAUGUCAUUCAGUGCUCUGGACCUGGCAAAUUCAAGUGCAGAAGUGGAGAGUGCAUAGACAUCAGUAAAGUGUGUAACCAGCAGAGGGAUUGCAAGGACUGGAGCGAUGAGCCCCUCAAGGAGUGUAACAUAAAUGAAUGUCUGGUGAACAACGGUGGAUGCUCUCAUAUCUGCAGAGACCUUGUUAUUAGCUAUGAAUGUGACUGCCCAGCUGGGUUUGAACUUGUAGAUAGGAGAACAUGUGGAGAUAUUGAUGAGUGCCAAAACCCUGGUAUCUGUAGUCAAAUUUGCAUCAAUCUGAAAGGUGGCUACAAAUGUGAAUGUAGUCAUGGCUAUCAGAUGGAUCUUGCUACUGGAGUGUGCAAGGCAGUGGGGAAAGAGCCAUGUCUGAUUUUCACCAACCGCCGGGAUAUCAGAAAGAUUGGCCUUGAAAGGAAAGAAUAUAUUCAGCUAGUAGAGCAGCUAAGAAACACUGUAGCUCUAGAUGCUGACAUCGCUGAGCAAAAGCUCUAUUGGGCUGAUUUCAGCCAAAAAGCAAUCUUCAGUGCCUCUGUUGAUAGCCGUGACAAAGUUGGAAAACACAUCAGAAUCCUAGACAACAUACAGAGCCCAGCUGGAAUUGCUGUUGACUGGAUUUACAAGAACAUCUACUGGACUGACUCAGCUGCAAAGAUCAUUUCAGUGGCUAGCCUAGAUGGCAUGAAAAGGAAGACUCUGUUUUUCUCUGAGCUAAGAGAACCAGCUUCCAUAGCUGUAGAUCCUCUCUCUGGCUUUAUGUACUGGUCAGACUGGGGUGAGCCAGCAAAAAUUGAGAAAGCAGGAAUGAACGGAUUUGACAGACAGCAGCUUGUGACAACAGAAAUCCAGUGGCCUAAUGGAAUUGCUCUAGAUCUUGUAAAAAGCCGUCUGUACUGGCUUGAUUCUAAACUGCAUAUGCUGUCCAGCGUGGACUUGAAUGGCCAGGACCGUAGACUUGUGCUAAAGUCUCAUAUGUUUCUUCCCCAUCCUCUUGCUGUAACAAUAUUUGAGGACCGAGUGUACUGGAUUGAUGGGGAGAAUGAGGCAGUCUAUGGUGCCAACAAAUUUACCGGAUCUGAAUUGGUUACCCUAGUAAACAACCUCAAUGAUGCACAGGACAUCAUUGUGUAUCAUGAACUUGUUCAGCCUUCAGGCAAGAACUGGUGCGAAGACAAUAUGGCAAAUGGACGCUGUAGCUAUCUGUGCCUGCCUGCUCCUCAGAUAAAUGAACACUCUCCAAAGUAUACCUGUGCAUGUCCUGCUGGCUACUUCUUGCAAGAGGAUGGUCUGAGAUGUGCAGUUUCAGGUACUGGAACAACUGUGGCUUACACUGAGGCUAAAGAUGCCAGCACGACAGAAAAAUCUCCAACUGUUGGACUAGUUCCUGGAGGAUUCAACAUCAGUGGCACAGUGUCUGAAGUAGCUGCUGCCAGAGGGACAUCGGCAGCCUGGGCUGUUCUUCCUAUCCUAUUGCUGGUGAUGGCUGCAAUAGCUGGCUACUUCAUGUGGCGUAACUGGCAACACAAAAACAUGAAAAGCAUGAAUUUUGAUAAUCCUGUCUAUCUGAAAACAACAGAAGAGGACCUCACAAUUGAUAUUGGAAGACAUAGCAGUUCAGUAGGCCAUACCUAUCCUGCAAUAUCUGUUGUGAGUACAGAUGAUGAUAUGGCGUGAGCAUUGGAUCAGCAAUCUCUUUGAGUUUACUUGUAUUUUACAUUUUUGGGGAUAAUAACCAGUCUUGUGGCUGAGACUUCCUCCAUUCUUGGAAGAAUGAAGAUACUUUCUGUAUGUAUGGAACACUUAUGUAAAUACCUAUUUUAUACAGCUUAACAACAAACCUUGUAAAUACCUGUCCACAACAAUUCAGCUUUUAGUGGUUACAGUUUUUAUCAGUAACCCUUGAAUUGGUCAGUCAGUAACACCACUGGCCAAAUAUAAAGCACUUUCCAUAGAAAGCCAUAUUCCAGCCACAACUUGUGCUAUAGUGUAACACCUGUACAUAUGUGUAUAGGCCACUUGUAAAUAUUCCUAGAGAAUCACUAUUAAGCACUUUGAAAUACUUCCAAUGUAAAUUAUUGUACACUGUCUUUUUUCAAUGGUUGGGACAAUGGCAAUAGGAAAAAAACGGGUUACUAUGAUUGCCAAAAAUUUGUAAACAUGAGUAAUUUUGUAUGUAUGACUGAAACAAUCUUGUCUGUUACCUCUUAGAGGUAUACAGGUAUGAAUGUUCUUUGAAAAACCACUGUAAAUUUAAGUGCAGAGGAGGGGAUAAUAAAUAAUGAAAAAAAA